UAUUAGAAAUUUCAUUAUACUAAAUAAACAGUAUAUUCCAAAAUGGCUGCUGCAAGUGUGCUAACAGUAACGCAACCUCACCAUCCGCUUGGUCUUCUUCUUUGAAACCACCAAAAAAUUAUGGCGGGUUCCAUCCCUGCCCAUUCCAGAACCAUAUCAUAUCAUAUAAAAUCAAAUCAUUUCAUUUCUCACCCUUCCAUCAAUGCUUUGUGUUUCUUCUCAGAAUAAAAAGCUCUUUGAGUGUUGUUGACUGUUACGAUGGAGGCCAACUUUCCCAGAAGAGCUCACCAGUUUGGUGAAGAAGAGGAGAGCAUAUUGUAUGUCUCUGAUUCUCUUGGUUUUGCAGCGACGGACCCGUCGUUAAGGGACCCUUCACUGGAAGACAAUGACUUCUCAGAAACUGCAAAGUUCAUAAACCAAAUCCUCAUGGAAGACAACGUUGAACAGAUGCCAUUCUAUGAUUCAAUCAACUUGCAAGUUACAGAGAAAUCCUUCUACAACGCUCUCACUGGCAACAUACCUCUUUCCCCCAAUCAACAUCCCCUUGUUCUCAGUCCCCAAGCUGAAACCACUCCCACCACCAGCAACAGCAGCAACAACAGCAACCACAACUUUUUAGAUGAAAAUUCUCUUACUGUUAAUCAUGGCCUCUCAAAUUUGGAUUCUUCCACUGCCAAACUCUUGGCACACAAUAUUUUCAACGAUGCCGAUUCCCUUUCCCAGUUUAGGAGAGGCUUGGAGGAAGCUACCAGGUUUCUUCCUCCUGGCCCUAAGCUUGUAGCUGGUCUAGAUUCAAAGGGAGAGCAACCAAUCAAUACAUUGGGAGAGAAUUCCUAUGGGUCGAAGGGUAGGAAGAAUCACGAGCGCGAAGAUACAGACACCAGAGAAGAAGAAGAAAGGAGAAGUAACAAGCAAUCAGCACUUAGCCUUGUUGAUGAGAGUGACUUGUCAGAUGCUUUUGAUCGAGUUGUGCUGCUUAGUGUGGAAAAUGUUUGUAAUGAACACUGUAGUUUGCAGAGUGAAACAGUGAAAGCUGUAGAGCCAGGUGGAGUGAAGGGUCGUCCUAAGAAUCAAGCGACAAACAAGGAAACAGUAGAUUUGAGGAAUCUUCUGAUGAUGUGUUCACAAUCUGUGUAUGCCAAUGACAAAAGAGCUGCCAAUGAAUUGCUAGAGCAGAUUAGGCAGCACUCUUCUCCCUCUGGGGAUGCAUUACAGAGGUUGGCUCAUUACUUCGCCAAUGGCCUCGAAGCACGCUUGGUUGGGGAGGGAAUGUUUUCUUUUCUGAAGUCUAAGAGGAGCACUGCUGCUGAGUUUCUGAAGGCACACCAAGAUUUUCUAUCAGUCAGCCCUUUCAAGAAGUUUACAUAUUUCUUUGCAAAUAAAAUGAUUAUGAAAGCAGCUGUCAAGGCAGAAACCGUCCAUAUUAUUGAUUUUGGUAUCCAAUAUGGUUUUCAAUGGCCAAUGCUUAUUAAGUUUUUAUCAAAUAGAGAGGGUGGACCUCCCAAGCUGAGGAUCACAGGGAUAGAUUUUCCCCAACCUGGUUUUCGCCCCACAGAAAAAAUUGAGGAGACAGGUUGCCGUCUUGCUAACUAUUCUAAGCGUUACAGCAUUCCCUUUGAGUACAAUGCCAUAGCAUCAAGGAACUGGGAAACCAUUCAGGUUGAAGCCCUUAAUAUUGAGACCAACGAGCUAGUUGCUGUGAACUCUCUGAUGAAGUUUGAGAAUUUAAUGGAUGAGACUAUUGAAGUGGACAGUCCUAGAAAUGCUGUCCUACACUUGAUCAGGAAGAUAAAUCCACAUAUUUUUACUCAGUGCAUUGUUAAUGGAACAUAUAAUGCCCCUUUCUUUACCACGCGGUUUAGGGAGGCACUCUUCCAUUUCUCUACUAUUUAUGAUCUGUGUGACACUGUCAUACCUCGUGAAAACGAAUGGAGGAUGUUGAUUGAGAGAGAGGUUAUAGGCCGGGAGGCUAUGAAUGUUAUAGCAUGCGAAGGUUCUGAGAGGGUUGAGAGGCCCGAGACAUACAAACAGUGGCAGGCUAGGAAUAUGAAGGCUGGUUUCAAGCAGCUACCACUGAAUGAGGAAUUAUUGGCCAAAUUUAGGAAUGAGUUAAGGAAAUCGUACCACAGAGAUUUUGUCUUAGAUGAAGAUAAGAACUGGAUGCUUCAAGGUUGGAAGGGCCGCAUUUUGUAUGCUUCCACUUGUUGGGUGCCAGCAUAUCAAGAUGCUAAUGAACUCGCUUCAGAGCUCAUAGUAGACUAAAGGUAUGAUUCUAAGAAUCACUCAUUGGCUUUUUUACUUAUCCACUUCUUAUUUUCCCUAUUAAUGCUUUGGCGUUUUGGUUAUGGUCCUACUAACACUUGCUGGGUUUCUUGAGUCUCGAGAUAUUUGAGCAUGUAUGGUUCAAUGGUGAAGCUUAUUUUCUCUUUAAAUGGUUUCAGUUUCUGAUAUCCUUGCUCUGGCAGCCUACUUUGCUGGUAGAAAUUAGACUACUGAGUGUCAUGCAAAUUCUGUAAUGAUAAGUAGGGCGUUUAGAGUAGAAGGGCUCUUAAAGCUAGAAAUUAUAGGGUCUAAUUAAAUGUUAUAAAUUCUUUCUCAUAAAUUAUACAAUUUGAAUACGUUCUCUCGCUGCCUCAAUUGCACCACCAAAAACUAAGUUUGAAAUUGUAACAAUGCUUUACAAGAUGUGACUAUUUUGGAUCUUAUAAAUUGCAUGGUGUUU